AUGGGCUCUUGUAAACGAUAUAAUUGUGUUCCUAUCGAGCCGAACGAUAUUCUCACUAUUGUUUAUACAAGUGGUAGCUCAGAUUUUCCGAAAGGAGUCAUGAUUUCUGACGCUGCUUUAAGAAGUCUUUUUCCAGAGGAACUUUCACCAUCUACUGGCGAACAAGUGACGUUCUCCUAUCAACCACUUGCAUGGUAUGGUGGACGAAAUAACUUGAUUGGAACGUUUCUUCUUGGAGGACGUGCUGGAUUCUUCACAGGCAAUCCAUCUCGGCUGAUGGAAGAGUUAGCUUUGGUGAGACCGACGGUUUUUGCUGCUCCACCAAGUAUUUGGAAUAAAAUUUAUUCCGAAUUUAAAUCAGCUCUUGCGUUGACCAUGAUCCCUGAUUCGCAACAACAUGCUGAAGUAGAAAAAGAACUUCUUGGACAGUUCUCAAAAUUAAUUCCAUCAAGAUGUAAUACGAUUGCUAUUGUCGGUGCCCUAAUCAGUUCGUUAGUACUCGACUUUAUGCACAAAUGCUUUCGACAUUGUCAAAUCGAAGAUGGUUACGGAAUCACAGAAUGUGGAGGUGUAGCAUUCAAUAAUCGUUUCGAUCCAACUGUUACCUAUCGACUUGAAUCAGUUCCUGAAAUGAACUUUACACUUGAAGAUCAACCUUUCCCACGCGGUGAACUUUUAAUCAAAACACAUCAAAUGUUUUCCGGAUAUGUCAAUAAUCCGACGGAAACACGAGCAGCAUUGACCGAUGACGGUUUCUUUCGUACUGGCGAUAUUGUUGAACUGCGUCAAAUUCUAGGUAAACCACCUUAUGUUUAUAUAAUCGAUCGCAAAAAGAAUUUCUUCAAACUAUCCAAUGGGCAAUUUGUCUCUCCCGAGUAUCUUCAGGGUAUCUUCACUCGAAGUGCUUUCAUCGAACAGAUCUUCAUACAUGGUGAUCUGUAUGAAGACAGUGUCACUGCUGUUAUUGUACCCAAUCGAGAUCGCGCUCAAGCAUUCGCCAUCGAGAACAACAUAACAUCGCUCGAAUCAGACCCGAAAUUUUAUGACGCAAUCAUGCAUGAUUUGCAUGCAAUUGGUGCCAAGGAAUCACUUCGAAAGCACGAAAUUCCAUCACGAAUAAUUAUUGAUUUCGAACCAUUCAUCGUCGAAAAUGGUUUGCUCACUUCGUCCUUGAAGCCUUGUCGCCCCAAAUUGAUUGCUCAUUAUGCAAAGCGAUUGAAGACAACAAACACAUUGGAACAACGGUUGAAAACCAUCAUCGAAACUGUCACAGGUCAAUCGUUGACAACCGAUGAUGAUGUUGGUUUUCUAGCUACCGGUGGUAACUCCUUGGCAGCCGUACGUUUAUCACGAAUGGUUCGCGAGGAUCUCGGAAUCACUCUACCACUCAGUAUUCUUUUCCAAUCCGAGAUGAAUCUCAAACGUUUAGCAGAGUUUGCUCAAAAUCCUUCAUUGAUUCAACAGGAUUCGAUCGUUUCGCGACUCCUACAUGAUGCCGAACUUGAUCUCAAUAUUACAAUUGGCAAACCAAAAAUGCUUGCUAGCUUUCCAUCGAUGGUUUUUGUGACGGGUACAACAGGAUUUGUUGGUGGUUUCUUAUUGUUCGAAAUGUUAAAUAGAUAUCCGAUCGAUUGCAAGUUCAUUUGUCUCGUUCGAUGUGAACAGUCGACGAAUCCAUUGGAUCGUAUUCAAAAGAAUAUGACUUUUCUUCAUUUAUGGCAAGAUCAUUUUCGAGAACGUAUCGUCCCACUACGAGGUGAUCUUGCUCAGAGUCAGUUUGGACUGGAUGACAAGACUUAUGCAUCAAUUGCAGCUCAAAUUGACCUCAUUUUUCAUUGUGGUGCCGCUGUCAAUUUCUUAUUACCAUAUAGCCAACUUUAUGGUUCGAAUGUUUGUGGUACUCGAGAAAUCAUUCAUCUUGCAACUUAUCCAUCCAACUGCAUUCCAGUACAAUAUAUCUCGACUAUCAGUAUUCUACCACCGGGUAUUGUCGAGGAAAUACAUAUUGACGCUAUCUCACCACAUCGUCUGACCACUGGUUAUGGACAAAGUAAAUGGGUGGCAGAGAAACUUAUGAGAAAAGCUAGCUGUUUUGGUCUACCAGUUGUCAUCUAUCGACUGGGCUCAAUGUGCGCUAGCGCGAACAGUGGUGCCUGCAAUCCACUCGAUCUUCAUACAAUAUUCAUCGCUGCCAUCUUGAAAACAGGUUCCUAUCCGACCGAAGCGCUCAACAUGAAGCUCGACACUUUACCAGUAAAUUUCGCUGCCAACAAUAUCGUUCGUUUGAGUCUCGUUCGACCUGGUGUGUAUGGAAAUGUCUAUCAUGUUGUUCAUCCUGACGGUGGAGUGGCAUUUCAGAAUAUUGUUACAAGUGCAAAAUUGUGUGGCGUAAAAAUAAACGAUGUUCCCUUCGAACAGUGGCGAUCAAUGAUGCGAGGACAUUCAUUUGAAUCAGCCGACGAGUUGCUAUUCGAGUUGAUUUUCGGAAAACGAUUAACAUUAUCGGCCAAGCAAUUUUACAGUAUUGUUUCUCCGCUUAACAUUCCAGCUAUGGACAAUGACUAUACAAAUAAAUGGUUAGCAUUUAUAAUGCAAAAUGUUCGACACUGA